AUGGAAGAAAAUGUCGAAAUCACAAAUAUAUUUCAUCACAAAAUGACUAUAUUAGAAGACAUUGUUAAAGAGUUUGAAUUAAAUGGUAAUGCUGAACAGGAGAUGAGCUUUAGGAUCAUUGGCGAGCAUUUUGUGCACGAUGAUGUCCAGCAGUUACUCAUGUUUAUAACUGGGAUAGGUGGCUCAGGAAAAAGCCAUGUGAUUUGUGUGAUGGUGGAAUUAUUCAAUGCGCCGACCAGGAGCACAGCAGUUUUCAUCAAUGGAUAUACCAUUCAUGCAAUGACCUUUUUGCCAAAGAGACAAGUACCCAUCAAGCAGGAGGAUCCCGUGUUUUGUCUAUCAAACCAAAUAUCUCAAGCUAAAUCGUGGGAUGCAAGCACAAGAGACAAAUCUUUCGGGGGAAUCAAUGUCAUUUUUUGGGGAGACAUUGGGCAAUUACGUCCACCGAAAUCGAAUGCUUUGUACAGUCAUGUGCUUGUGAAUCGCCUCACACCUGCGACUACACAAACAAUCAAAGGACAAUCUGCACUUCAUGGCGCUUUCUGUGGCAGCAGACAAAAUUGGCAGGCAAAAGAUGAUGCCGCCUUUACUAAAAAAUGCGCUGUAGGUUUAACAGAUCAGAGUGAUUAUGACACCCUAAAAAGCCAUCACUCACCCGCACAAUUCGUCAAAUUUAAAGAUGCCCCAAUUGUGGUCACUGGAAAAUUUCUGCAAGACGCAUUGAAUGAGUCAAAGGCAUGGAAUUUCGCAAUCAAAUCAGGCCAACAUUUCGAGAUGUAUCAUGCGCGUGACAAAAUAUCUAAAAAACCUGUGAUAAGUGAGCAACAACGCCGUUUGUGGAAGAUGAGCACUUCUAGCACAAGUGAUGCAAUUGGUAAAUUGCCGCUGAUUCCUGGCAUUAGCAGGAUCAUCAAUGGUAGCAGAGGUAUACUGAAGUCUGUGACUUACAAUGUCGAUAACACAGGUAACAAAUUUGCUGUAUGUGCUUUAGUACACAUUCCUGACAGCACUUUAUACAUACCUGGGCUUUCUGAUAAAGUCGUACCGAUAUUGCCAGUGACAAGUAGUUUUGAAUUUCCAACUGAAGCAAAGAAGAUCUAUGUCAGGUGCAUACAAUUGCUGAUAUUACUGGGCUGGGCUUUCACAGACUAUAAGAUUCAAGGGAGCACAAUGCCAAAAGUUGUCAUUGAUUUCACCGGUGCAAAAUCCCUUCAAAGUAUCUAUGUAAUGUUAUCCCAAGCUAGUUGUUUAGAAGAUGUGGUGAUUUUGUAA